AUGCCGACUGAUGAGACCGCAAACGUCGCAUCCGUCUAUCUGGGAGAGAAACCUGAUCACGGACACGAUGUCGAAAAUGCUGGCCGGGAGGUCACUGUUGGCUCGGGUCAGCACCAUGAAGAAGCAAAAGGCUGCUCGUCUUCAACCGAGCAGAUAGCCACCAUAUCGGCACCAUUCAGCUCUUCUUUAGAACACGAAAAGCCGGUCCAGAUUGAAGAACCACCACCAAGUUCGCGUCCGAUCCCGCCACCAGACACUGGCCUGCAGCCAUGGCUGCAGGUGAUCGCGGGCCACUUCCUGAUGUUCAACAACUGGGGCCUCGUCGUCUCCUACGGCUCCUUUCAGACCUACUAUACUUCGUCGGUCGGUUUGGAUGGCGGCAAUGCUAACCCGUCACUCGUCUCCUGGAUCGGCUCCAUCCAGAACACCUUGCUGCUGCUGGGCGGCGCGUUCGGCGGCCGCUGGUUCGAUGCGGGCUACCACCGCUACAUGGUCGGCAGCGGGACCGUGCUCGUCGUUUUUGGCCUCUUCAUGACCAGCCUCGUGACCAAAUUCCACCAAGCACUCCUCGCGCAAGGCUUCUGCGUUGGUCUUGGCAUGGGCUUGCUCCUGAUCCCCUCGGUUGGGCUGCCGAGUACGUGGUUCGUGCGUCGGCGCGGGCUCGCCGUUGGAAUCGUGAGUUCGGGAGCCAGUGUCGCGGGCAUCGUCCUGCCCAUCGCGCUCCGUCAUCUAAUCAGCACGCUGGGUUUCCCUUGGUCCCUACGCAUCCUGGCCUUCAUCUCCCUGGCCACGCUCCUUGUCAGCAACGUCCUCAUCCGUCAACGUCUCCCGCCACGUCGCCUGACCAAAGGCCCGACCCCCUUCGUCGAAUACCCCGCCCUCCGCCAGCCGGACUUCGCACUGUACGUCGUCGGCCAGUUCAUCACGUACUUCGGCUUCUUCGGCUUCUACAACUACGUCGAGUCGUGGGCAAAAUCGACGGAUCUCGACUCGGGCGGGUUUCCGCUAGAGUAUAUCCUUCCCGUGCUCAAUGCGGCGAGUAUCCUGGGGAGAUUGAUCCCGUGCUUCGUAGCCGAUUAUACAGGGCCGCUCAACGUCGCAGUGCCGAGCCUCUUCAUAGCCAGUCUGCUCGUCUACGUCUGGAUCCCCCUUCGAACGAUCGGUCCACUGCUCACGAUUACGGUCCUGUAUGGGUUCUUCUCCGGGGCCGUCAUUGCCAUCACCCCUGCCGUGGUCGCCAGUCUGACGGAGGACUUGACAUCCUUUGGCGGGAGGAUGGGCGUCAUGUUCUUGGCCAUUGCAUGUUCCUCGCUUGUAGGUCCGCCGGUCAUGGGAGCGAUUGUGCAGAUGCACGAUGGCAAUUAUGAUGCCGCGAGAGUGUACGCCGCGACCAUGUUGGUAGGAGGGGGCGUCUGUUUUACGCUGGCGAGGAUGUUCAAGAGCAAAGGAAAGUUCAUGGUCAGAGUGUGA